AUGGGGGUGCUGCAGAUGAGCCAGGAAAUAGAGCGACAGAAGCUGGUGGCUGGGGGUCAGUUCCAGGUGGUCAAGGAGCCCCUUGGCUUUGUGAAGGUGCUGCAAUGGGUCUUUGCCAUCUUCGCCUUUGCCACAUGCGGCAGUUACAGUGGGGAGCUCCAGCUGAGCGUGGAUUGUGCCAACAAGACCCACAGUCUCCUCAGCAUCGAGGUUGAAUUCGAGUACCCCUUCAGGCUGCACCAAGUGUACUUUGAUGCACCUGACUGCAGAGGGGGCACCUCCAAAGUCUUCCUACUAGGGGACUACUCCUCAUCAGCGGAAUUCUUUGUCACUGUGGCUGUGUUUGCCUUCCUCUACUCCAUGGGGGCUCUGGUCACCUACAUCUUUCUGCAGAACAAGUACCGAGAAAACAACAAAGGGCCCGUGCUGGACUUCCUGGCCACGGCAGUGUUUGCCUUCAUGUGGCUGGUUAGCUCGUCGGCAUGGGCCAAGGGGCUGUCGGACGUGAAGGUGGCCACAGAUCCAGACAAAAUUAUCAAGGGGAUACCUAGCUGCCAGCAGAAGGAGAAUACAUGCAAGGAGAUAAGAGACCCUGUGACCUCCGGCCUCAACACCUCCGUGGUGUUCGGCUUCCUGAACCUGGUGCUCUGGUUUGGCAACCUGUGGUUCGUGUUCAAGGAGACCGGCUGGUCCGCCCCAUUCCUACGCGCGCCUCCCGGCGCCCCUGAGAAGCAACCGGCGCCCGGGGACGCCUACGGCGAGGCGGGCUAUGGGCAGGGCCCUGGCGGGUAUGGACCCCAGGACUCCUACGGGCCCCAGGGCGGCUACCAGCCCGACUACGGGCAGCCCGCCGGCGGCGGUGGCGGCGGCUACGGGCCUCAGGGCGACUACGGGCAGCAAGGCUAUGGCCCUCAGGGUGCGCCCACCUCCUUCUCCAAUCAGAUGUAG